ACUUGGCUGCUGCCCUGGUCGCAGCUGGAGAUAUGGAGGGAGCAGUGCAAGCUUAUGUUUCUGCGCUUCAGUACAAUCCGGAUUUGUACUGUGUUCGUAGUGACCUGGGUAACCUGCUUAAAGCCCUAGGUCGAUUAGAAGAAGCUAAGGUACGUAUUUGGAAUCAUGGAAUUCUAAUAUUUUUGCCAUGCUCAAUUCUGCUCUGCCUCGGUAUAGCUUUGCAAAUGAUGUAUGUACAGUGGAGUGUUAAAAGAACGAAGCUGUAAAAUGGGAAGCGUGACUCUGAGUAAAGUGUGCAGCCUCUCCAAACAGUGAGGAGCUGUCCAGCUGGUUUUCGAAUUUUUAAAGGUGGUACUUAAUUCUUUCCUUGACUUAAAUUAAAGUCAUUUUGAUUUGGUCUAAGCCCGCAGGUCAUCUUAACAGAUGAAUGUACAGGGUGCUACAAAACAUGACCAAAGGACUUUCUUUGGUUUAAUUUCUCUGUCCCCUCCCCAAUAAAUGUUACUUUUCUAUGGAAGAAAGGCUGUUACGUAUCAUCACACAUCUAACUGAUAACUCAAAUCGGUGUAUAGUUGACUCUGAAGUAAACCUAGAAAAGGACAGAUGCUGGUUUGUAUUAAGAAAAUGGACUGAUGGAAAGAAACCAAUAAGAUAUGAAAGGUGGCUUCUAGCAGUUAGCUUGUAUAAAGCGUGUAAAAUUGUAACAUGUUGUUCUACUUUACAGCUUUGCACCUGUUUGUAAACAGUAACUGUGCAAUUCUGCGUCUUGUUACAAGCCACCUUGUGCGUCUGCGCUGCUAGGGCAAGGAGUUGGGAGCAACUAGAGGACACCUCUGCAAACCCCUCUGGUACUCCAAACUCUCGCGCAUGCAGUGGCAUGAAGUGUGAAUGCAGACUAGCUGUCCACGUGGCAUGAAACCUAAGGGGAGUGGUCCAGUUCUAUUCCUAGUUUUGGGUAGGGAUCUCAGAUUCAGAUACUGAUAUCUGAGGGGGAGACCUGAAUCAAGUCAGUGUCUAUUUGGGGAACCAGCAUUAUGCAAUGUUUCUGCAUUCUUUUUUUUGGUUCUCUCCAUGUGGACAGCUAAUGCCUAUUGCACUUCAUUUUGCUUCAGCGUCACUGGCAUAGGGUCAGACUGCGCCUGCUUAGGAUGCUGAUUUCUUUAUUUCAGAGCUCUGGAGACAACUAGUUUGAAAGUCAUUUCUUUGGCGGGACAUAAAGAAACAAGAACAUUAAAUAAAACUUGACCUAUUUCUUUGUAAUCAGUGCAUUUACAAUAUCAAGCCAGCUGUUUUCCUUGAAGUUGAAAGUGAAAUUCACACAAUAAUCCAACUUUGGAGCCUUUCUUCCAGCCAUGCACUUUUUUUUUUUUUUUUGCUGCCGCCACAACCCCACUCCUCCUGCAUGACAAACAUAUAAUGAAAGCAAGCUUCACAUGUCCUUUUCUGAAUCAUAGCGCAUACCCAGAAACAUUUCACUUGCUUUGUUGAGAUCUUUUACUAAUGAUCUUGUUUUAUUUUCUCUCUUGUUUUUGGUUUUUUACCACUGAUAUUGUAUUUAGAAGGUUUCAGGUGGGUGAAAACUGCUAUGCCAUGCGUAAGGUGCCUCGCUGAAGGGAGCUCGAGGCCUGGAUCUAGGCAGACAUGCACCUCCUCCUCUUCCAGCAAGGAACGCACCCGAAAAGUCACAUGAGAAAUAUGGCUUGUUACCUGAAAGCAAUUGAAACGCAACCAAACUUCGCUGUUGCUUGGAGUAAUCUUGGAUGUGUAUUUAAUGCUCAAGGAGAGAUCUGGCUGGCAAUUCAUCACUUUGAGAAGGCUGUAACCCUUGAUCCAAACUUUUUGGAUGCUUACAUUAAUUUGGGAAACGUUCUUAAAGAGGCUCGUAUAUUUGACAGAGCUGUGGCUGCAUAUCUACGCGCUCUUAGUCUGAGUCCGAAUCAUGCCGUGGUACAUGGAAAUUUGGCCUGUGUGUAUUAUGAGCAGGGACUUAUAGAUCUUGCAAUUGAUACCUACCGGCGGGCCAUCGAACUACAGCCCCACUUCCCUGAUGCAUAUUGUAAUCUUGCCAACGCGCUCAAGGAAAAAGGCAGUGUGGUAGAUGCAGAAGAGUGCUAUAACACAGCACUUAGACUCUGUCCCACACAUGCAGACUCUCUGAAUAAUCUGGCAAACAUCAAGAGAGAGCAAGGAAACAUCGAGGAGGCAGUCCGUCUCUAUAGGAAAGCUCUUGAGGUCUUUCCAGAAUUUGCUGCUGCUCAUUCAAACCUUGCCAGUGUUCUCCAACAACAGGGGAAACUUCAAGAGGCCCUCAUGCAUUACAAGGAAGCAAUACGGAUCAGUCCCACUUUUGCUGAUGCAUAUUCUAAUAUGGGCAACACCUUAAAGGAGAUGCAAGAUGUCCAGGGGGCCUUGCAGUGCUACACAAGAGCGAUUCAGAUCAAUCCAGCUUUUGCUGAUGCCCACAGUAACCUAGCUUCGAUUCACAAGGAUUCAGGAAAUAUUCCUGAAGCCAUCGCUUCCUACAGGACAGCCCUGAAACUGAAGCCUGACUUUCCUGAUGCUUAUUGCAACUUGGCCCACUGUCUACAGAUUGUGUGUGAUUGGACAGAUUAUGAUGAACGGAUGAAGAAAUUGGUCAGUAUAGUUGCUGACCAGCUGGAAAAGAACAGGCUGCCAUCUGUUCAUCCACACCACAGUAUGUUGUAUCCAUUGUCUCAUGCCUUCCGAAAAGCUAUUGCUGAAAGACAUGGGAACCUCUGUUUAGACAAGAUUAAUGUACUUCACAAGCCACCAUAUGAACAUCCAAAGGAUUUAAAGGCUAGUGACGGACGGCUGAGGGUGGGUUAUGUGAGCUCGGAUUUUGGAAACCAUCCCACGUCUCACCUCAUGCAGUCCAUACCAGGCAUGCACAAUGCAGAUAAAUUUGAGAUAUUUUGUUAUGCACUGAGCCCUGAUGAUGGCACCAACUUCCGUGUGAAAGUCAUGGCAGAAGCAAACCACUUUGUUGACUUGUCGCAGAUUCCUUGUAACGGAAAGGCUGCAGAUCGCAUCCAUCAAGAUGGAAUUCAUAUCCUAGUUAACAUGAAUGGCUACACCAAAGGGGCUCGAAACGAACUUUUUGCCCUAAGAGCUGCACCGAUUCAGGCUAUGUGGCUAGGAUACCCUGGAACAAGCGGGGCGCCAUUCAUGGAUUACAUUAUAACCGACAAAGAAACAUCACCCAUUGAGGUCGCUGAACAAUACUCUGAGAAAAUGGCCUACAUGCCAAAUACAUUUUUCAUUGGUGAUCAUGCCAACAUGUUCCCUCACUUAAAGAAAAAAGCAGUAAUAGACUUCAAAUCGAAUGGUCACAUUUAUGACAACAGAAUAGUACUGAAUGGAAUUGAUUUGAAAGCAUUUCUGGAAACCUUACCGGAUGUAAAGAUUAUAAAGAUGAAAGGCCCUGACAAUUCAGACAAUGACAGUAACUCUGCUCUGAACAUGCCAGUCAUUCCCAUGAACACCAUAGCAGAGGCGGUUAUUGAGAUGAUUAACAGAGGGCAAAUUCAGAUCACAAUCAAUGGAUUCAACAUCAGCAAUGGACUGGCAACAACACAGAUAAAUAAUAAAGCAGCAACGGGAGAAGAAGUUCCUCGCACUAUAAUUGUUACCACUCGCUCACAAUAUGGUUUGCCCGAGGAUGCCAUUGUAUACUGCAACUUCAACCAGCUCUACAAGAUUGACCCUCCUACAUUACAGAUGUGGGCUAAUAUUCUGAAGCGUGUUCCCAAUAGUGUUCUGUGGCUUUUACGCUUUCCUGCUGUGGGGGAGCCUAACAUACAGCAGUAUGCACAAAACAUGGGGCUUCCACAAUCAAGGAUAGUCUUCUCCCCAGUUGCUCCUAAAGAGGAACAUGUGCGGAGAGGGCAGCUAGCUGAUGUAUGCUUAGAUACCCCUCUCUGCAAUGGGCACACCACUGGCAUGGAUGUGCUCUGGGCAGGAACGCCCAUGGUCACUAUGCCAGGUAAGGAACCUGCAGAAAGCUUAGUUGUGCUCAACAAAGGCUGUUCGUCAGGAGAAACACUUGCAUCCAGAGUUGCUGCUUCACAGCUAACCUGCCUUGGUUGCCCUGAGUUAAUUGCUAAAAGCAGGCAAGAAUAUGAGGAUAUAGCUGUGAAACUGGGCACAGAUUUGGAAUACCUCAAAAAGAUUCGUGCAAAAGUGUGGAAGCAAAGGAUAUCAAGUCCUCUCUUCAACACUAAGCAAUACACGACGGAUUUGGAGCGAUUAUAUCUACAAAUGUGGGAGCAUUAUGCCGCUGGAAAUAAACCAGAUCAUCACAUUAAACCUGUUGAAAACACAGAAUCUGCUAAAAUUUCAGCUUAGUGCUUUAAAUGUCAUUACUGUAUUUUUGGAUAUGAAAUAUCAGAGGGCUCACAGUCAGGCAUACAGACUGUGCAACAGAUGGAGAAGAUCUAAUAUCUGUUUAUCCUUAGACAUUUUUUUUUUUUGUUGUGCUAUUUUUUUUUUCUUUCUAUUGCUAAACUUACAGGGAAUCUCGCAAGUUGCCAGCCAAUCUCAAUAUCAUGGGCAGAGUUUAUUUUUGUUCAUGUCAAUUUUAGUCACUCGGUAUACAAUACAUAUUUGCAAUUUGGGCUUUUAAACAUUUGAGUUCAUGUUUGUGUCUGCUCGCUGAAAAUUUAAUCACAGCUUGAACCUCUUAGCUAACUGUGCUGGUUUGAAAGAUUAAAAAAAAUCCCAAAGCAUCUUUUAUGGUGUUGUAGUCCUUUUAUAGGUUUUAUAAACCACUUGUAGCCUUUUAAUGUCUGAAGUCUGUUUACAAGAAAGCCCGUCGUGUAUGCUUUUGGUAUAGAUGAGAAGUGUUUAAACUUUUGUUUCUCAAAUAUCAACUCUAUUUAAAUUUUCUUAACCAUUCUUCAUCACAACAAAUGUCCUGUUUUCAAUAAAUGUAAGUGGUACAAAUACGAGGAUAAUGACCGAGUCCAAUGAGUUGCAGAUCUGUGCGCUAUACAAAAUGGGUGUAAUCUAAGGUACCAAACCUUGCAUGUAUUUAGCUGUUUCUUGUACACACGACUCUUAAAAUUUUUGUUUUUCUUUUAUGGACUAAAUGAAGAAAAGCCUCAUGAAAGCAUAUGUUUUCCUUGGCCCUUGUGUGGAUGUUACAUGCAUUGUUUGUGUGAAGGAGAAGCAUGUGCUUUUGAACAGAUUAGUGAUGAGUAAAUAUGCCUUUGCACAUUGCUUGUUGAUUUAAUAAACCUUCUGUUGACUUGUGUGUUUUUCAAUUGUUCAUGAUUGUUUUCAUUCAGAUGUAUGAAUUUUUUUUGUUUUUCAUUUUUGUUCAGUAAACUUACCAAGUGGAA